AUGCUAUUCGCCAUCGCUUGCGAACACGGAUGGGAGGUGUACCAAUUGGACGUGGUAGCUGCAUUCCUGAACGCGUACACCGACAGAGACGUCUACGUCAGGCCGGCGCCAGGCGACGAGGAGAGGGACCCUACGACAGGUGAAAUGAUGGUCUACAAACUGGAGAAAAGUCUGUACGGCCUGUCACAGUCCCCGUCACUGUGGAACGACGCCAUCAAUGACAGACUCAUCAUCUUCGGCUGGCAGCGCGCUCACUCUGACCCCUGUGUCUACAUCUUCGUAAGGAGGGACGAACUCACAAUCCUCGCGAUCUACGUCGAUGACAUCCUCAUCACGGGCGGAAACAAGGAGAUCGUAAGCAGCAAAAAGAAGGAACUCAUGGACAGCUUCGAAAUGACAGACAUGGGAGAGGUCAAGCGCGUAAUCGGCAUCGCAGUGCAGCGGGACUACGAACUUGGCACACUAGCCAUAUCACAAGGACCCUACGCGAGAGAUAUCCAACAGCGAUAUGGAAUGGAACAGGCAAACCCGGUCAGCACCCCCGGGUAUGGAGCAGAACUAUCAACCGAGCAGCCACAAGACCAACUACUCGGACCCGAGGACAAGCAGAGAUUCCAGGCCAUCACCGGGAGUCUCCUGUACCUUGCCCAAUGCACCCGCUACGAUCCGUCAUACGCAGUGCACCAACUGAAACGGGCAUGCGCAAACCCAGCACAGGUCCACAUGGCUGCGGCCAAGCACCUACUACGGUACCUACGCGGAACGCCGGACCUGCCGAUCGUGUACAAGAAGGGGCAGUUCAGACUCUCGUGCUUCACUGACUCGUCAUUUGGAGCCAACCCAGACAACGGCAGGUCUAUCACCGGAUAUCUGUUCUUCCUAGGAGGGGGACUGAUCAGCUACGGAGCCAAGGCACAGACUCUCGCAGCACAGAACACCUUGGAGGCCGAACUUCAAGCGCUGAGCUUCAGUGCUCGCGAGGCAGUCUACAUCUCCAACUUCAUGACGGAAAUCGGAUUCAAGACCUUUCGAUCGGUAUCCAUCAACACAGCACCAGAGCAUUGACUGUGGCCAGCAACGCGAUGUUCAGCUCUAGAACCAAGCACAUCGCGCUCCGGUUCUUCUUCCCCAGGGAACUCACGAAGGGACACCGGAUUACUCUUCACCACCAACCUAGUGUCACGAUGUUGGCGGACAUCGCGACGAAACAUCUCGCAAAGCAGCGAUUCGCCACCAUCAUGCAACUCAUCAAGGGCUACAAGUGCUAGAAGAUAUUAAGCACAAGAUCUCAUAGUAUGGUUAAAUGUUUUGAACGCGUGUAUUGCUCUCAGGAUGGAUUCACUCAUGUGGAGGUCGAUAUUCUUUGAUAUGGAUUGGGAAUCGAGGGGUCGCAAAAAUGGCAGCGAAGUGAAGUUUUGGAACAUCGGCUACUUGCCUAAUCGAGGGGUCGUGUCGAGGAAAACUGUUACAACGUAGUCAGGCACAGUUUACCAUAGGUGCGACUACGGCUACUAGCCUUCCGUAGACAUAAUACAGAAAGAAGAGAUGGUACUUAGCAGAGAACAUGAGCACAGAGUUGUAGCGGAGAUAAUUUGGCAGGCGACUGUAGUUGUUUUAUUGUUCCGAACCCCGAAUUUCCGGUACUCGGGCCAUUGCCCCGGAGACCCUCGGAACCUGCUG